AGCGCUAAUGAGCUUAUCUGCUCCUUCUGGGAUGUAGAGUAAGCACGGGAGUCGGCGUAGAUUUUACCACUCUUCACAUCAGUGUUUAUUAUGGUGAGAGGGCUGCAGGGUCUGCAGUCUGCCAGAUUUCUUCAGCCUUAGAUCGACAUCUGCAUGGCAGCACUCAGAGCUGCGCUGCUCCCGGCCGUCUGCAGUCUGUCGUGGGGCAGCAGGGUGAGUCAGGCUGCAGUGUGCUGUGCUGCACCAGUGCUGCCAGGUGGGCUCUGGGUCCCAUCACAGCUGUGCCUGCUUCUCUCUGAGCAAAUAUCUCCCGUAGCAGACUGGUGUUGGUGUUCUCAGAGUAGCUGAUGAAGUUCUGGCCAUUUGGAAGCAUCCUGUAGCGCCGUGCAAGCGAUGUGAAAACUGAAAGAAAAACCACCCUGUGACAACCUGCUGUGAUACACGUUUGUCACGAGCUGCAGUGUUACCAGCUUGAGCAACAGUAAUGAGUGAUGAUGGUGGGCUUUCAAAUCUCACCAUUGCUGGAGUUUGCAGUCCUUUAACUUGGUUGACACUGAAACAUUGCUUCAUGAGUUCUGUUUGCUCUGGGCCUUCUUCUUGUGGCCACAGAUUUUUCAUUUUACCUUGCUCUGAGCAUCAGCCCAGUUAAACAUAAUUCUAUUAGAGCUGUGGUUUCUUGUAACUUCAGACCUGCUGACUCUGGUUGCCCUGCUUCUGGGAUUACUUUCUAAAACAUUGUAUCUGUGUAGGGUUAAGGACCUAAGAAUUAUGUUUUGUGAUGAAUGUGCUUUGUCCAUAUGCAGUGUCAGGUUGUGCUGUGGUGGUGGGACGGGGCAGCAGCUCUGCUGGGGAGGUCUGAGCAUCAGGCAAUGUUCUGCUGGGCAGCCAGGAGGUCAGUAGCCCCAUAAGCUUAGCAGCAAUGUAUGUUAAAUUAUAAUUCUACAUACUUGAUACUUAUCCAGGGCAAUAAUUAGCGGCGGAAAAAUCAGCCCAUUGUUCAGAAAUGCCUGUAGGCAGGGGGCUGUCUUCCAUUUUAACCUCUUCUUUGAAUGAGAGCAGCAGUGGUGGAGUUGAGGUUCAGCAUACAGACUUGGACUUUUUUUCCAACACGUGGUGAACAGUAGAUGGACAGACAGAACUAUCUGCUGUGCUGUUUUUGUGAAGGGAAGAAAAACUUGAGUUUUGAACACCCUUAAAAGCAAACUGUAACUUAAAUCUGACCCGAUCUCCAAUGCAGAAGUACAAGAAGCUGCUCUGUUGUCUUCCCACAGGAUGCAGUCAUGCAGCUCUGAGCUGCAGCACUUCUUGAUGCUCAGGGAAAGUUGUGGCUGCUUUCUUCUGGCUUCUGGAGUCUUUUCUUGAAAGAAGUGGUUGCGUUCAAACUUAGAGCAUUCAUUAUUGUGAUUGACUUCCUUGUUUACUAAGAAAGAAGCUUUGAGGCCUGACUUUCUUUUGGACUUUUCGAUGUAAUUGUUGGUGUGGGUACAUGUGUGUUUCUGGAGAGGAGAGGGGUGAAAACUGCACCAAAUUCUUGCAGCAGAGGGAUCUGUUUGGUGGGGCUGAGGAGGGGAUGUGCUUCUCAUCAUGCUUUGCUGCGAGGUGCUGUUAACUUCAGCUUUGCUGAUAUCGUCCCCAACACAACCCGCUUCAGCCGUGUGGAUAUUCAGUCCAGCGGGCCUAUGGAGGUCUUUGUGAUAUGAGCAAAUCUUGGAUAAGUCUGAGGUCCUGUCGGAGAAGGUCCCUUCCUGUGGUGAGUUUGACAGGAUGGCUUUUCCUCAGGUUGUUGGAACCCAUGUGCUUUCAGAAGCUGUUAUCUAUUCCAAUUGUUGAUCUGUUUUAAUCUCUGCCUGAAGCCCUGCUCACUCCAGAGUGUUGCUUACACUGUACACACAUUUAGCACUUGAGACCACUUCUAGUACUUGCUGCAGAAUGUAUGUAUAACUUAUUUUCACACACCUAGUUCACUAUUUGUAUGAGUAACCUCUAUUUCAAAGGAGACCUUUAAGAAAUAAGCUAUCUUAAAAAAAUUACAUCAUCUUGGAAGCCACCUGGGAUGUCUGCUGUUAUUUCUCCAUUUAUUCAGCCUUUUCCCCUUGAAAAAACAUGGACAAACUACUUCUGCUCCAUGACUUACAGCCUACAUAUCAGCACGGGGUCAGUGGGACGGGCCCAGCAGGGAGUUGGGUGUUGUACCCCCAGCAGGGCAGUGUGGCUCCUGCAGGGAAAUCCUCCUCCUGGGAGCAUUUCUUGGACACUGUAGCUGGAGAAGCAUCUGACGGCCUCUUAUAGCUGUGUGGGCUCUUAGGGGAGAGGGGUUCCUGGUUCUGGUAGAAGCAGUGCUUUUCUGUUUGGGUUCGCUGUGCUGAGAAGGCACCCGUUGUGCCCAGCUGAGCCCCUCUGCGGGGUGAAGGCACUCCGGCCCCAUCAGGGAGUGUGGUGGGAGAGGCUGUUAGAACUGUGCUCACAAUUAAUGGGUCCUCAGCCUGAAUGUGUAGCAACCUUUGUAUUUGGAAUAUUAGACAAUAAUUUACUUACUUGCUGUUAAUAGCGCUCUGAGGUGUGAGCCCAGCUCUGGUCUGAGGUCACCGCCUCUCGGAUGCUCGCUGUGUGGGUCGGGCUGCCUGCAGACCAGGCUGCUGUGCACACUGAGCUUCAUGGCUUUGCUGCUCGGCCUCCAGCAGAGGUCUGCAGUCCAAAACAUUAAUGAUGAAUUGGUCUGUGCACUGCGUUACGUUUGCCAGAGUUUUGGGUGAUCUUCCAGUCUCAUGGUUAGCGGUGCUUCCGUGCUGUUUUCUGGGUUGGUUGCUUUACUGAAGUCCAGGCACAAAAGCAUCAGUGAGAUCUGCUUUCUAGAGCUGAUGUUAAAAGGAAGGGGAGCUUGUUCCAAAUAGACAGUGCCAGACACAGCUCUAAUAAUAUCAGUGCUGGGGGUGAAGGAGGGCAGCGCUUUGCUUUGGGAGGGUCUUGGUAAUUUCUGGAGAUGCAGGGAAGCGUUGUGUGGGCGAAAGUAGGCAUGGCUUUUGCUUCAGCUUUAUCCGUUUUUGUGAGGCCCUUAAUGAGCUUAUCAGUUUUGAGGAAGCUGUGGUGUGCAAAGAGGAUGGAACCUGCUGUACCUCUCGUUGGUUUUUGUCUGCUUCUUGAGUGUUUCAAUCAAAUCCCAGCCCUGCUCUGUGCCUUGGUGGCUGAUUGCUUCAGGUGUGUGGGGAAACUGCAGAUGGCUGUGGUGUUUCUUAGCCUGGAGUCCUGGCUGCUGGGGGAGGUCAGGUGGCUGCAGGUAGGAGUCCUGCUGUGUUCACUGUGUUCUGCUUCUUAAUGCUCUGUAUUGUCAGCAGCUGAGUAUCUUUCAACCCACUGGUUUAAGGGUGGUGAUGCUGCUGGUUUUUCGGCCUCUCUCUCCUGUCUUACUGCUCAUCUCGUUCCAAAACAGCUUGCAAAUUAAUUGGUAGUUUUCUUUUCGCUUGCUGGCUGUGUUGUGUCAGUGCCUGUGAUGCUCAUACAGAUGCUGGGUUUAACUGCUCCGAUGUGGUGCUUGCCUGGCCAGGAGGUUUGUAGCUGCUGGCAGAGCUGUGUUGCUCCUAGAGAGGAGUCUGCACUGUGCUCCAUGCUGCAGUGAGACUUAGCGUCACUGAGCUGCAAAGGCAGAAUCUGUGAAAAACAGAAGUAGUGGGGAGUUUGAGUUGGGAGGGUUGAAGAUGUGGGGCUGCCAAAUGAGCUUUCUGUUGCUAAUUCCUUGGUGCUGUGCAGGUUGCAGUGUUGAUGGCAGUAGUCAUUUGCUUUUAAGCUGUAAUUUGAGUGUUGGUUUCACGGUGAUGUUAAAUAAUGCCUCUCCUUAUUCCUGCUACGUGCAUCCCUUCUGUGUGCUGGUGCAGCUGUCUGCAGAAUCUGGCUGUGAGCUUGAACUGGGGAAUCCAUCUGGGUUGAAAAAUGACAGAAUAGUUUUUUCUGACAGAUUCUGGUCUAGCUCAGCUGCCUGAUGUACCUGAUGCAAUGUCUGCUCCUCGCGACACAGCAAUGCCAUAGGUAUGGCAGCUCGGGUGGGUUGAAAGCACUUAAAUAGGGACUGAGGCUAAAAAGCAGAGUGCUUCUUGCUUUCCUGUGCCUCCCCCCUGCCCUACGCUGGCUGGGGCUUCUGGGGCCCCGUGGGAGCUCACUGUGCUCACCUGUGCUGCUCGGGGUGGCUGUGGGAGCCUUACGGUCAGGUUUUGUUUCUCAGCCCCUUCCCAUCCCUCUGUGUGCCUGCUGUUGCUGCAGCACAGCACUGGCAGCACCAUUAGGAAAGGGGAAAUAACUGCCGUAACGCUGCUUGUAACCACGAAGCAGUUGACUGAAGGGAAGAGGUGACUUUUUGUAGGUAGGAUCAAUGUCUGGAAUCACCUCUUCCAGUCACCACGAAACACAGUGUGGGGAAAGCUGGUGUGUGGGGUGCUGUCUGCCCAGGUGUGCUGGCUGUGCUCACACCCCCUGGCUCUGAGCAGCCCAUGCUGCUGCUUCCCAGUGCUCCAGCUGUGGGCAGCGGGGCCCCAGGAGCCUGGGCACACAGCAGGGGGUGGCAGUGCAGGAGGUGGGAGGGCAGUGUUUGCUGCCGCGUGCUCCGGGUGGGGGGAGCCACAACUGGUGUUGUGUAAGAUGUGAAGACCCUCAGCUUAACCUGUGUUUCAGAAGUCCAGGCCUAGGAUAGCAACAAGAUUUGCCAGCUGUUACCAUUCUACUGAGGGUGAGACUGCUUUAGGGUCUGCUGUGAGCUGCUGCAUCUCCAGCACUUCUGGUACAGACCUGUGACGGCUGCUGCCCCGCGUCACCCCAAGCACAGCAGUGCUGCUUCACAUGCUGUGCAGCUCCUGGGGAGCUCCCAUCUCUGGGGGCUCUGCUCUUGUCCAGGGCUCUUUUUUUUUUCUUUCAGGAGCAAUACGUGUCAGGGUAGAAAGAGAAGGAAUUACUUCUGCCCACUGGGGAAAUGUGGUACUAAUUAAGAAGUGCUUCUUCUAAGCCAUAGAUAUUAUUAUAUAAUGUUUGGAGUUAAAAACAAAUAUAAAUAUCAUAUUAAAAAAAAAAAAAAAAACCAAACACAACAACACACAGAUGCCUGCUUCCACUGAUAACGCUUCACUGCAGCCCUGAGAGGUCCGUGUUGUGCUCAGUGAUAACUUGCAAUGAACUUUCCCUGGUCUGUGUAACACGGUGUGCCGUGGCCCUGUGGGCACUUAUCUUUGGGGAAAUAUUUUGGGUACAGGUAAGUAUAUCACACUCACUUUAAUGUAAUUGCAGGUUUGUUUAUACAGUGUUCUCGUAGCUAAAUUAUUCUUUCUGCAGGUAAUUCGUGCUUUUGGCGUUUGGAACAAUAUUGCAGGGCUAACAAACUGCUUUAAUUUGAGGUGUGAUCUGCUGAACAUAACGCUGUGUUGGUGUUUGCUGGGGCCGCUUCCUUCGCUCUGGCUGCUGAUGUCAAAGUGUUAAACAGCAUCCAGCCUGGACCGUGGAAAUCUAUUGAGGGAAUGCCUGGAAGUGAAAUGUAUUGAGGUGUGUUGUGCUGAACCACGCGCUUCUGUGCCGUGGCUGUUAGGGAGGAGAGGAAUCCUACAUCCGAGUCUGUCGGCAGCACUCGGUGACAAUCUCAGCUUGGUGUAUUUUGAAGCUUUUACUGCAGAGAUGAUUGUGCAGAGGUGGCAGUUGUGUCUGAGGGUGACAGCCAGCUCUUCGCUGCAGCUUCUUUCUAGCACACUUUCAUGAUACUUGCUCCUCAAGUGAGCUCUGUGUGCUGAUCCUGCAGAUCCGGACCUUUUGUCUGGGAGCACACACAGCUCUUCUGCUGCACCUUCACAGCUUUCUGAAACAAACCAUCUCCAGCUCGCAGCUCUGGGUGGGCAGGGAAGGCUGAGUGCUGGAGGUGCUGUGAGGUGGGCUGUGUUGUUUUACCCAGAAUUUGGUGAGCAAUAAUUCCAGGAUCAAUUGACUGCACUUUUUUUUGGCGUCUCCAUUAAAGCUCUCUAAUACACGCUGACGUAAGUUCUGUAUUACUAGUUGCUGAUGAGAGGGUAGUGAAUUAUUUUUCUGCAAACUUGAUUUUAAAGCCUUCCCCGUUUGUGAUGGUGCUCUUCCCAGGUUUGUGAACAUGUGUGCCACACUCACUUUCUUGUGAGCACAUCACUGUGCUCUGUAGUUGUGCAGCUGACAAGGGAUGCUACAUCGUUCUGCAGCCAGGGAGUGCCUUCAUAGCAGGCCAUGCUGGGAUCUGUGUAUUUGUGGGCUGCCAUCCCACAAAAAAUUCAUCCAGAUCCUUUAAAAAUUCAUCCCGAGUCCUUUAUCAUACAGACUGCUGCUUGUAAUUACCUGUGUGCCUUUCUUUGGAAGCCAGGACUGACGAGGACUGGAUUGAGUUGGCUGAUAGGUGGAAGGGAGAGCAGGCGUUCCAGCAUCUCCACUGCUGUGUUCUGUGCCCAGUCCUGGCUGUGCAUAGGAGGGAGGGAUGGAUGUCUGGGAGCUGUGUGGUCCUCUGCCUCUGAAGUAACACCACUGAUGUAAAACUUUCCUUCCAGGUUGCUCUGAUCUGUGCUUGAACCCCAGUAAUGUCUGCAGAAACUGAUAGAGGCCUUAUUUGAGUGUGCUGGUAGCACUCUGGUUAUUCCUGAUACAUAAUCAGUGUUUGUCUUGGGCCAAAUCAGGUCAGCAAGCAUGAGAACAAUUGAUGACCUUUUCUUUAUGAUGUCUAUAAUGCAUGGAAAGGCUUUCUUCAAGCUCUGUUGUCUCCUACCUACUUUUUCCAAUACAAUAUGAACUGAGCACUUAAACUUUUUCUUGUUGACCGUGUUUUCAACACCUCUUGUCACCACCAUCCUCUGAACUCCUCUUUGUGUACAUUCUUGAACUGUAGCACUUGAGAUGAAUGUGUGCUUCCACCCAAAUUUGAUUCCUAUUCCAUUCCUUAUUGGAGUGGCUGAGUGAAGACCAGGACUUUCACCUUGCUGGUGGUACACCAUGGCAGCCCCCACUGCUGUGCCCCCUCAGUCCACACAGUGCCUGUCUGGGUGAGCAGCAUCUCACACAGCCUGCCUGUGCUUCUGCUGCAGGGCUUUUCAAAUUGGCUCCAAGAAUUUGCUCCCCUAAAAAGUUCUGCUCUGCUUCACGGUCUGGAGGUGUGGGGUGGUGGGUCUUUGGUUGUUUAUUUUGGUGAGGAGAGGGAGAAAAGUAAGGGGAGUGUGUGUGUUGUGCUGCAGCCAGUGGGCAUCCUUUGUGAGCAGUGGGAGCAGGGAUAGACAGGGUGUGAUUCUGUGUGCGGGCUGCAGUGCGAGUGGUGAAGUCAGUCUGCAGUUAUUCCUGUUUGUUGUAAUAAGAAAGCUGUUUGGUUACUGGUUAAUAAGCAUGAGUAGAGCAGUUUACAGUGCUGCCUUCGGUUGCCUUAAAGACCCCCCUGCUGGCACACUGCUGUGGCUCUCCUGGCUGUGCUCAUCUUUCCACACCUUACUCACGUGCCACAAGGGAUCAGGGCUGAGCUGCUGCCUUGCUCACAUGGAGCACUUCAGGCCUGCCCACCCCUGGCAGUGCAGUGUUCUGCUGCGCUCUGACCUAACGCUGGUUUGAUUCUGGCUUUGUGAGGCAGGGAUGGGAAGGAAUCUGGGUAGCGUUACCUGACCGUUGAAUAAAAGCUAAGUGCAAGUAAAAUGUAUGCAGCCUGUUCAAACUUUCAGUUAGAGGUGGAAAUUCUAAAGCUGGGGUAAGGCUGAGUGCCACACAGAGCCACGUGCUCACGAGCGAGGGCUGUUCCUUCUGCUGUUGUUCUGCAGCACAAAUUGCUGAUCAGUUUUCCAAGUGUGGACUCCCAGUGAAUUUCUCUGUUGUAGAAGGUGCUCUCAGGGGACGUCUUCAACUCGUGCCUAAAGCAUCUGUUCCUCCAUUUUUAAGGGUCUCCUUCCCUAAAUGCUAUAGGAAGCUCUCCUCCACCAUUAACUGUGUCUUUUGUAUGCCAGGGAAUGUUUGAAUUCCAUUCAGCAAACUGACUUUCAAACGUUUUCAGAAAUUCUGACUGAAGUAGUGCAUGGUGUGCAGUGUCACUUCUGUGAAUAGCAUCUCGUGUUCCCUAUCUUUAGACAACUUCAUGUCACGUUGGGGGUAGGGGAAACUGUUAAUAGAUUGGCUGCAAAGGAACUGAUCUAAAUACCAGCAGAUCGUAACCUGAAUUCUCACUCUGAGUGUUUGUGUCUUUGAAUAAAUGGCGUUACAGGUUGCUGUUUGUGUGGUGUGAUGCUCACUUCUGCGUCCAGCACGUCCCUGUAUGAGGUGCUAAAUAAAUACCAUCCUGCUGCAUUUCCCCUGCACCAUUUAAAUAAAACCUACUAUGAACAGCAGCUCUUCUCUUCUUUAUUCUUACUCCACACUUUGGAUUAUAAUGCAGUGAAAUAACUGUUACACAAGUGCAGUGUUGCGGGAAAGACUUGGUAUUGAUUGGAGGCUGCAGUCUGGGGCAGGAUUGGUGCUUGGACACGAGCAAACUGCUGGAGAGCUUUGGAGAAGAGCGGGGAGGCCGUGGCUCUGUGGGAAUGCUGCUGUCUUCCUGUCCAUUUCAGCAGUGCUGGCCCUGUAGGGCGGUGUGUGGUGGCCUACAGGAAGAUGCUGAGGGUUGUCUCUGCACAGGGCUGUGCGUGGGGCUGGCAGCGCAUAGCGGGAGCAGCAGCCACGUGCAGCUCUGUGGGUUCUGUGCUGUGCAGGGAAGAGCCCAGCGCUGCCGGUCCUGCAGUGCAUCCCCCUUGCCAGACCUGCUUUUGUCCUUCUUAAACCGCUGCAUGGAGCUCACCUGUUGGUUAUGGGAUUGGUCUUAGCGUGUAACAGUAAAAUAGGAUUAAGAUGGCAAUUAAAGAGCAGAAAUUCCACUGUUUGAAGCUUUCCACAGUUCAGAAACCCGUGCUGUUGUCUGAGACUGCGGUGAAAGCAUUUACUGCUGAACUUGGAACAGAUCUGACACAGCAGCAGCGAGCUCCAGCGGACGGCUGAGCGGCACAGGGAGACCUGCAUGGAAUAAAUAAGAUUUGUUUUCCGUGACUGUCAUCAGGGUUGGCUGGAAAGGAUUACUGGGGAUGACUCGGAGCAGAUGUUCCCCAGUAAACUUGGAGUGAAUUAACCCGGACCAGUCAGCCUUCACCACACGGGAACAGCAUGGGGUCAUUUGGAAUGCAGUGUGAAUUAUUUGUAGUUGUUUGCUGCCGGGUCCUGGGAUUGCUUUGUGGGAGGCUUUGUUUUGGGGCAGCAGUGAUGGGUUGCAGUGGAAGCAGACAAAGGCAAAAUAGAAAUGAAAGCAAUGUGCAAGUUGGAGGCACGGAGUUGUGCAACUGUGCUCUUGCACGGUCUGCAGAGAGGUUGCCCAACUCCCCCUCCACUGUGCUGCUGCUUUGCCUGCUGUGUGCCAGUUAGCAUUUCUAAUAACUGUGUGUGAAUAAAUGCUCCUUCCUGCUGCUGCUCACAGUCGGGUGAUGUCCUGACAGGUUUGGUCGCUUUGUGCUCCUGUCAGUUGUGUGACAGUGUGAGUGUUCUGAAGCCAGUAACUGAUGCUCUAAGGGAAGGCCCUGCUGUGCGGUGUGGAUGCGCUGCUGUUACCUCCGUAGGUGCCUUCGUCUUAAAAAGGUGGCACUUGAGGCCUUUGGGAGCUUCUGGCGGCCUUGUUUUUUCGUCACAGCAUUCGACUGUACCACGAGAGAUUUUGCUCUGUAUUAUUUUGAAAUCUCUUUCUGUGCCAGUUCGGGUGAAGCACUCCAGAAUGGCGACCCCAAACUUGUGGGGGAGGAUGGAAGUUGUUGAUGGAAGUUGUUGCUUUUCUUUUUGAGGGAGAGCCCGGCUUCGUGUCACUCAGAGCACGAGGAGAGCAGGAGCUCCUGCAGUGUUUGACUGUUGGCACUCCUUGCACUGAGCGCUUCAGCACAGCAGCGUUUCCCAUUGGUUGCAGAUGUGUGAAGAAUCCCAAAAGGCGUCCUGUGCUGCCCUAUUGCUGAGCUGUGGGCACAGGCUGUGGUGUGAGGCAGCUUCUGCUGUCAGAAUUGGCACCAUGUUGUGUCAGAGGAGGGAAUGGAGCACCUAUCAGACGUGGCGUGGGCCUGGGCUCUGGUUGGCGAUGGAGGUUUGGGCACAAUCAUUGAUAUCUUGGUAUUCUAAAACAAAGGCAAAGCAGUUACUGGAAAUUCCCUGACCAAUUUCAUCUUGCUGUAGGUGUGUGUAUACAUGAGCGUAUUGCUUUUCCCAUCUUGACCUUUUGAUAAGUCCCUUUUUUGCCAUCAGUUUGUCAUUGAGCUGCUAUUUGGGGAUUACCAGUAACUGUAGAACUGAUUGUCCCGAUUACUGACGUGUUCAAUGCUCAGAGCCUUCCUGCACCCCUGUAACUCCUGUUCUGAAAGAUGUGUUGAGAAAGAGAACAUCAUCAGCUGUCCUAAAUGCUCUGAUUCUAGAAGCUUUGGGGGAGCUGAAUGGUGUCAUGUGUCACUUAAAGUGCAGUCUUAAACCAUCCUUUCUGGGCACUGAAGGAGUGCAAGGAUCCACUCUUACAGUCAGUGCCCUGAAAUGAAAUUCUGAGUGCUGAAAUACAUCGUGUGCUGUUGCUGCUUUAAACCUUCAGAGGAGCAUUCCCAGCCCUGAGCUGGGCGGUGGGGCUUCAGGUAUCUGCAGGGGCAUCCAAGAGAAAUUCAGCUUUGGUCGGCAGUUGGUUUUACAACCUGAGUUCGGAUCACUCAAAGCCUACAUGGACUUUUAAAAAAAAAAAAAAAACAAAAAACUUUGGAUAAAAAAUGACUCAAAAUCAGGGAAAGCAUUUCAUUGUUGGCAGCUUUAUCCAAGGCGGUCCUGGUAAAGCCUGGGAUUGGCAGAAGGAUGGGGGUGGUGUGGAGGAGCUGAGCCCUGCACGCUUCCCCUCUCCUUACAAAGAAGGAGCUGGCAGUGCUGCGGGGUGCAGCUCUGGGAUCCCCACAGAGGUUCUGUGGGAGAUUUUCCACGGGUGCCGUUCGUGUCCAGUUGAGUCACAGUGCAGUUAAGCAGUAAAUGAGGUUCAGUGAUUCACGUUUUCCUCCUCUUAUCAUUUAAAUCCAUCUACAAAGGUGAGUUAGAAAUUCCAGGCUUCAGUGCCGUUAGUGUCAGGUAAUGGAAACGAGGAUCUGAGUUCUGUCAGAACGUUUUAAUAUCACACGUGGGUCUGCAGAUCUGCCUCUGCCGUGCACACAAAUGUUGCAGUGAAGCCCAUCAAAAAUCUGCGAUGUGCUUUGUUAAUGUAAAAUGGGUUUCUGACGUUCUCCUCGCUGCCUUACGGACUCGUGCGGUGCCAUUCCUGCACCAUGCAGCCUUUCAGGCUGCCGGAGCCGGGUGUCUGAGGACCCCUACCGGGCACAGCCUGCAGCGCUGCGUGGGGUUGGGGCAGUUUGUUCCUUGGUGUGACUGCAGGAACAAUUUGAGCAGAACUAAACAAAAGAGACUUAUGUAAGUGUAAGGCAGUGCUCAGAGCUGAAUUCUGCGGUUCUGAUUCCACUGGUUGCUCUGCUCAGUCCACUUGAUGUUUAAGUUUCCUUUUAGGCUGUAGGACAAGUGACCGAUGCCUUGACUGAGGGCUGAGAACUUUCCUGGUUAGCUCACUGAUUUUUUUUUCUGCUAUUUCAUUUCGUUUUAUGUAAGUGUGUGUUUGUUACAGCUCCUUCAGUUUCCAACUAGGUCAGCAAAGUGUCCUUGUCCCUAUUUUUUGAACAGUCUGCUCCCUAAAGCUAGACAAUGUGACAGCAGUUUUGUGAUUAAUGUUUCCAGCAAUUAUAAAGAGGAAGGUCUUAAAUCACGUUUGAUAACUGAGACCUGUACAUGAAAUGUGCAGUGACUUUGUCUUCCUUAUUGCAGAUCCAUAACAUGGUGGCAGUGCUGGAAGUGAUCUCCAGCCUGGAGAAAUACCCCAUUACCAAAGAGGCACUUGAGGAAACAAGGCUUGGGAGGCUUAUCAAUGAGGUGAGGAAGAAGACAUCCAAUGAGGAACUUGCCAAACGUGCCAAGAAAUUGUUGCGGAAUUGGCAAAAGUUGAUAGAACCUGUGACCCCGAGCGAGGCGGUGCCAAGAGGGCUGCAGAAUCCGCCCGGAUCGGCCAACGGCGGUGCUCACAACUGCAAACCAGAAGCGCCCCUUCCUGCCGUGGCUGGGUCAAAACCCAUCAGUGAAUUGAAAAGCAGGAACGAUAUCCAGAAACUGAAUUCUCCAAAACCAGAGAAAUUGGGAAAUCGGAAAAGGAAAGGUGAACACAGGGAUGGGCAUCAGGGCCCUCCUCCCCCGAAAGUCUCCAAAGUUAGUCAUGAAAUAUUACAGAACUCUUCGCCCCCUCCAACAAACGGAAUUGGAGGUAGUCCGGAGAAUUUUCCUAGUCCUGUAGAUGUAAAUCUACAUGCAGGGCCUGAAAGCAGCAGGACAGAACUUAGCGAAAAUGAUAAACACAAUAAGAUCCCAGUAAAUGCUGUAAAACCUCACACCAGUUCUCCAGGACUCGUAAAACCUUCAAGCACUUCCUCCUUAUUAAAGACUGCAGUGCUUCAGCAGCAUGAUAAAUCGGAAGAAACCUCCGGGUCGCACCAACCCAAGAGUCCGCGCUGCUCCUCGUUUAGUCCCAGGAAUGUCAGGCACGACGCGUUUGCGCGGCAGCACACCACGUACUCACCAAAGGAUUCCAUGCCUAGUCCAUCUCAAAGGUCUCAGUUCUUAGACACUGCACAGGUGCCGUCACCGCCGCCAUCCUUGAUGCAACCAUCAACACCUCCGAUGCCAGCGAAAAGACUGGAGUUCUCUCAGCAGUCGGUGUCUGAGGUGUCCCAGCACUGGCAGGAGCAGCAGGCGCCUCCUGACAGCCAGCACAGGCACACAGCAGGGACGCUUCCGCAGCACACGUCUCCCGGUUGCAAAACCAGCUCCCACCCGGGGGAAUCUCUCGUGUCGCACGUCGGCUUUUCGCAGGACGCUUCGAAAAUGGACAGUGAUGAUGCUGCUUCAGGUUCAGAUAGCAAAAAGAAGAAAAGGUACCGACCUAGAGACUAUACAGUCAACUUGGAUGGGCACGUGACAGAAGGGGGUGUGAAACCUGUGAGAUUAAAAGAGAGAAAGCUCACUUUUGAUCCCAUGACAGGACAGAUAAAACCUUUAACACCGAAAGAUCCUUUGCAGGUAGAAAUCCCUGCACUUACUGAACAGCACAGGACAGAAACGGAAAAGCAGGAGCAAAAACCCAACCUGCAAAGCCCCUUUGAACAAACGAACUGGAAAGAAUUGUCCAGAAACGAAAUAAUUCAGUCAUAUUUAAACAGACAGAGUAGCUUGCUGUCUUCAUCAGGAGUACAGACUCCAGGAGCUCACUACUUUAUGUCUGAAUAUUUAAAGCAGGAGGAAAGCACUAGAAAAGAGGCUAGAAAGACUCACGUUCUAGCUCCUAACAGCAAACCUACAGACUUGCCUGGGGUCACGAGGGAGGUCACGAGUGAUGAUCUCAACAGAAUACGUGAACAUAACUGGCCAGGCGUGAACGGUUGUUAUGAUACACAGGGUAACUGGUAUGAUUGGACACAGUGCAUAUCUUUAGAUCCACACGGGGAUGAUGGUAGAUUGAACAUCCUGCCUUACGUCUGCCUAGACUGAGUACAGGUUUGCUAAAAUGCUUUUACGUUUGCAGUUAGCAAGAAUGGCAGACACUAUGCCACUUAAAGAUGGAGAAAGCCUCCUGUCCUGGACAAAUAGGCCCAACGAGCAGAGGGUGAGAGGGAGCUGCUUCUGUACAGCUCUUCCCUUUAAAUUCUCCUUUUGUGAAAUGCUGCUACCAGUUUACUAACAAUUGCAAAGGAAGGCAUACGAAGGUUGAGAAAACUGAGUUCAAAACUCUAUAGCGAGCCAGCUAUAAAAAAGUGUUAGUCCCCAAAAGCGAAGAUGAUUUCCAGCACUUUCUGAAUGCCGGAAUCUGACUACAGGCAGGUACAGAGAAAAUUGUGGAAGUUACCUUAACAAAAUAUGCAUCUAUUUAUUUGACUUGAUUUGGGUUUUUAUUUGGCAGUGAGAUAUUCAAGAGACGAUGUGCAAAAACUGUAGUUUUAUUUGUAUCGCAUCUCUGAACAUGAUUGUGUUUUUAAAGUCAUGUGGUACGGAGAUUGGGUUUUAAACAGCAGGUGUUGCACUGCAGGCUGGGAGACCAGCUUCAGCUCAACAUUCCAUGGGCAUCCACAUAUUUCAGUCUGGUUUCAGUUUAAAUCCAGUCUCUGAGAAAUGCUGCAAAAACAGAUGUUUAAUGACAUUUUGAUCCCACCACCACCAGCCAAAUAUUUUUCCUCCUUUUCCCUUCCUGCAAACUUCUAGGAAAAAAAAAUAAAAAAAAAAUCACCUUUUCUAGAACUUAAAUGUAACGAGGGUGCUACAAGUUCGUAACUGUACUGUGAGAGGGAAAAAGGAAGCCUGUUUGUAUGCUGGAAAUAUACUUGUUACCAUUCCUUUAGAUAUUGUUUGCCUUAUGGAUAUCCAUCAUAAACGCAAUUUGCAAAAACAAAGAGCCUUAGUGAAUGUACAGUACCUAGACUUCUGUGUUCCUGGGAUGCAGAAGGGAGCAACUUUGCUAUUUGGUCCUUUAAGUGGACACAUUGUGAUAUAAAUGUGGAAAUAAAAAAAAUUUGCACAAA